AUGUUCUGGGGCAACAAAUCCGCGCAGGCCUCCGAACCGGAUCUCACGCGCACCGACUCCUCAAAGAAUGAUCCGUCCGCCUCGGCCUCCCAAGCCGCCGGCACCGCCUGGCUCGCCGGCCACCUGCACCACCUCACACCAGAGCAGGAGUCAAGCCUACAAGAGUUCAAGACGCUGUGUGCUGAGCGCAAGUACUAUACCCCUGCUGUGGAACAGGCGGACGGCGCGACUACCGCCAGUCACGACGAUGCGACUCUGCUGCGGUUCCUGCGAGCCCGCAAAUUCGAUGUCGAGGGCGCAUGGACUCAAUUUAAGGAUACCGAGGACUGGCGCAAAGACAAUGCGAUCGAGGCUCUGUAUGAGAACAUCGGCGUGGACUCGUACGAGGCCGCUCGCCGCAUGUAUCCCCAGUGGACUGGCCGUCGCGAUCGCCGCGGCAUCCCCAUCUACGUCUUUGAGAUCCGCCACCUGGACAACAAGGCCGUCGCCGCUUACAAUUCAACCAUGACUAACGGCACGCCCGAAACACAUAAAUCAUCUACCGUACCCGCGCGCCUGCUUAACCUCUUCGCUUUGUAUGAGAACCUGCUCCGGUUCGUGAUGCCACUGUCUACCGCGCUGCCGCGGCCCAACCCGGAAACGCCCAUUGUGACCUCGACCAACAUCGUCGACGUCAGCGGUGUGGGACUGAAGCAGUUCUGGAAUCUGAAGAGCCACAUGCAGGAUGCUAGUGUAUUGGCCACGGCGCAUUACCCGGAGACGCUGGAUCGGAUCUUCAUUAUUGGUGCGCCUUCAUUCUUCCCUACCGUGUGGGGCUGGAUCAAGCGCUGGUUUGACCCUGGCACCACGUCUAAGAUCUUUAUUCUCUCCGCUGCUGAGGUGGAACCUACUCUUACUUCGUUCAUGGAGCCGUCCAGCAUUCCUAAGCAAUACGGUGGUCAGCUCGACUGGACGUGGGGUGAUAUGCCCAACCUGGACGACCCUAGCCGUGAACUGCUGCGGGGUCUUGAACAGCCACUGGCCGAUGGCCAGACAAGGAAAGACAUCCUCAAGGGACCUGUGCUGUUCGAGGGCGAUCACCUCAAGGUUCUGGGCACUGUGGAUGGAAAGGAACGGAGGGAGAUCAUUCCCGUCCCGAAGACACAGUCACUCGAGUCGGAGGCUACGCCCGCUGAGUCUGCUGCGACAGAGAAGGCGGACGAUGCCGCUGCCGAUCCAGAUACGAAGCCGGAGGACAGCGAGAAGACCAUUGACAAUGUGGCGGUCAAGGUCAACCAGCUGUCUGUCGAUGAGACCCAGACUGCUGCCGCAUAG